AUGAACAACUCUUUUAGCACAGAAUCCCCUAUGGUUAUUCUAAAGAAAAGCAUAUUUAGUAUAGUUUAUAAAUAUAUAAUUUUUGUUAAUAAAAAUGUCAGUUAUACAAACACAACUAAAAUUGAGAUGUGUAUUCAAAAACGAAGCACACAUGCAGGCACACGCUCAUGCACGCAGUCACAGCACCUUCUGAGAAGCUUCCUCAAACGCAGCCUCUAUCCUGGGACACCCCCCAUGAAGGUCCACGGAGUAGCCCAUGGGCAGCACCACCUUCCGGCAAUACUGCCUGGAACUGAGCACACGGAGGUGCAGAGCAGGCUCAAGAACAGGUCAGAGUUUGCUUAG